AUGCUGGCCACGCUGCGCUCUCGGAUGAGGAUACUGACGCUCUGCCCACGCACAGGCAGCACCAUCUCCGGUUAUGCGACGGAAUCAAUGGUGUCCACAAAUUCCACGAAGGAUGAGGCUGCCACAGAGGACGAAGACACUGCAGCAUUUUUGAAUCUUACGUCUCCGGGCGAGCUACGUACCGUCAAGACCGUUAAGCGUGCGAUCCGGGCUAGUCCCCGUAAGUUGACCUACCUAGCCCAGCAGAUUCGCGGUUUGUCGGCCAACGACGCCAUUUUGCAAAUGAAAUUCUCGCCCAAGCGCAAGGCCGAGCAUUUUCGAAAGACGGUACAGAAUGCCAUUAACUUGGCUGACAUCAAAUAUCAAAUCGAGCCCGAAAAUCUCAUGGUGGCCGAGUGUUUUGUAAACAAAGGCACUUACCUUAAGCGUCUUCGAAUUAUGGGCCGAGGUCGCUCGGGAGUGAUGCACCAUCCUCACACUCACAUAACUGUGGUACUUCGUGAAUACGAUCCGUCCAAAAAGCCACUAAACCGUCACUUGUCAAAAAUGCAAGCGCGUCAGAGCGCUAAGAAGAAAUUGGAACAAGACGAGACAAUACCUGGACGAGGUUUUUUUUUUCGACACGAGGAAGAUGUUGAUAAUAUUAAUUUAUGGAACUCUGACAAAAUUGUUGUGUCUGUCACGUGGUCGGAUCAGCUUGGCGCGAAGCUCCAGACAAAGGAUGGUCUGCAAGACACGGAUAGUAAACUUGCCGGCAAGAAAGUGGUGGGUAUCUACUUUAGUGCGCACUGGUGCCCGCCUUGCCGCCAAUUUACGCCAUUCCUGAGUGCGGUGUACAACGACAUGGUUAAGAAGCACCCAGAGUUUGAGCUCGUCUUCAUUUCAUCUGACCGCGAUCAUUCGCAAUAUGCUGAAUACUUUGGUGAGAUGCCUUUCUUAGCACUACCAUUCGAAGAGCGUACCAUCAGCCAGGCAAUGAGUACGAAAUUUGGUGUUACUGGGAUUCCUAUGUUGGUAUUUUUGGACGGAGACGGCAAAGUUAUUACCACGGAUGGUCGUAGUAUUGUUGCUGACUCGAGUGGUGACGUGCAGAAGCUCUGGGCUCGACUGACUCAAGCAUAA